AUGGUUGCUCACGGCGAUGAAAUGGCAGGCAUGGAUAUGAGCGAUAUGGACAUGGGAGGCUCGGCCUCGAGCCAUAGCGGAAUGAUGAUGGCCUUCUUCACAGCCACGAACACACCCCUCUACUCGGAGGCGUGGACCCCGCGGAAUGCUGGACAGUACGCAGGGACAUGUAUUUUCCUUAUCGUCCUGGCCAUCACUCUUCGCGGCAUCUUCACGGUCAAGAGUCUGCUCGAGGCUAAGGCAUUGGAAGCCGCAAUGAAGCGACGCUAUGUUGUCGUCGCGGGGGAGAAGGCAAUUGCAGAGCAGGCGAACGACGCGAGCUCGAUGACCGGUAUCCUGACCACGAACGGCAUGCAGGAGGACGUCCGAAUUGUGUCAGCACCGGUGAAGCUCGUCCAACCUUGGAGAUUCAGCGUUGAUCUUCCGCGGGCUGCGUUGAUGAUGGUUGCAACAGGUGUUGGUUAUCUUCUCAUGCUGGCAGUUAUGUCAUUCAACGUCGGUUACUUUUUGUCCAUUCUAGCAGGCACUUUUAUUGGAGAAUUGGCUUUGGGACGUUACAACCAGGCCAGCAUGGCGAUGUGA